ACGACGAGUAGGGUUGGACCUUACGCUGCUUUAAAAUCUUCUGGCAGCUUUUAGGAGCUUUAUAAUCAUUUUUUUAUUAUAUGUACAAGCACAACGAACAUACAGCUUAGCGGGUGAGCCUUAUAAUUUGCUGUCCAGGAAGGAAAAUAAUCGGAAUUACGGGAUUUCGUCGCUAGCUCCGUCCUUCCUGUUCAACCCUUUGUUUUUCACGGCUUCGUUCAAGUAGGCGAGCAGCAGCGCCCCCUGUGAGCGAACAGGAAACGGCCUGAGGAUAGGGAGCCAAACGAGCGGCCGAGCUUCUUGCCUCCCGUUCGACGUGGGUCCCCCCAGCACAGCUGUCCGAUGCGGAGUGAAGAUGAGUCCCGCUCUGGAAGCCCUUAUGCAGGCGGACGGGACUCCUUAUCCCGGAAAAGGGGUGAUGCUUGAGCCGUUCGUGCACCAGGUGGGAGGCCACUCUUGUGUGCUACGGUUUGGGGAACAGACAAUUUGCAAACCCCUCAUCCCCCGAGAGCACCAGUUCUAUAAAAGCCUCCCACCAGAGAUGCGGAAGUUCACCCCUCAAUAUAAAGGUGUAGUUUCAGUCAGUUUUGAAGAGGACGACGAAGGGAAUUUGUGCCUCAUCGCCUACCCACUCCGCAGUGAAUCAGGGGACCUGGAAAACAAAGACCCCUCAGCAGACUGUGAGCCCAAGAGCAAGAUGGUGAAGUGGAGCAACAAGAAGCAAUCCCCUUUGGGGCUUGAGAAUGAUAACUAUGGCAAAGAUAGAGCUAGACACAGCCGUAAAGAAGACAAGAUCAUGAGUUAUAAUCGCGAUGAAGUUCAGCAGCAGCAGCAGCAACAACAGCAGGCAGAUGUUCUUUAUUUUAGCCUGGAAAAAGGCAAUGUGGUGGCACAGAUUAAACACAACCCCUGGAGUCUCAAAUGUCAUCAGCAGCACUUGCAGAGGAUGAAGGAGAAUGCAAAACAUCGUAACCAAUACAAAUUUAUUCUUUUAGAAAACCUGACAUGGCGCUAUAGAGUACCAUGUGUCUUAGACUUGAAAAUGGGAACUCGACAACAUGGAGAUGAUGCCUCAGAGGAAAAGAAAGCCAAUCAGAUUCGAAAGUGUCAGCAGAGCACAUCUGCAUCUAUUGGAGUGCGACUUUGUGGCAUGCAGGUGUACCAGUCAGACCCUGGCCAACUCAUGUUCAUGAAUAAAUACCAUGGGCGAAAGCUGACCCUUGCAGGCUUCAAGGAGGCUCUUUACCAGUUUUUCCACAAUGGGCAUCGCUUGCGUCAUGAGCUGCUGUCUCCAGUUCUGCGCAGACUCCGGGAAAUGCAAGCUGCACUUGAGGCCUGUGAGUCCUAUCGCUUCUACUCCAGCUCCCUGCUCAUAAUCUAUGAUGGAGACCCUCCCAGGACUCCCACUAGACCUAGACAUAGAGGUGGGGAAGAAGGUGAUGAGGAUGAGCCAUCUGAUGAGGAGGAGGAGGAGGAGGAAGGAGCCUUUGGUUUCUCUCGUUCCUCCUCAGCGGGUGUCAGUGCUGGUGUGUCAGGAGGGAGCAGCAGCAGUCGCUCAUCCCACAGCGGAGGAGAGGCCAGUAGCCCUAUGGUGGAUGUACGCAUGAUUGACUUUGCUCACACCACCUGUCGCCACUAUGGAGAAGACAGUGUAGUGCAUGAAGGUCAGGACAGUGGGUUCAUCUUCGGCCUCCAGAACCUGAUCACAAUUAUCUCCGAGCUCGAGGAUCACAGUGCAGACUGAAGCUGCACUUUAGCCAACAUGACCUAAAUUUUAAGCGCGGGAAGAGCUCACUGAGCUGAAACCCUGCUACCCCAGGGUGUGUUAUCCCUAUGCCUACGUGGGGCUCUGCUUGGUGGGAACGUUGGAUGCCUCUGGGUGAGGAGAUGGUCGUACCUGUGGUCUCACUCACCUUCCAGAAUACGGGGCUCCCUGUGCCCUUCUUGCACUUUUCUGAGACUGCUCCUUUUUGUUUUGUUUUGUUCUUUUGGUAACACACCAUAAGAGAAAUGUAGUGUGAGAGAGGUCCCUCAACAAAUGCAGAGACUCCUGUAGCACCCUAGCCCCCCCACCCCUCCUCUGGUACAGACACAGUUCUUUAACUUCUCUCUGAGAGAGAAAGCCUGAGGUAGUAAACAUUGAAGUUGUAGGUAACUAGGAGCCUGUUGUGGUGCUUUACCUGUGAUACUUUUUUGGAUUAUGCUUGGACUGCUGGUCCCCAACAGCACAACACAAUCAUAGGGAAGCUGACUGUACAAGCUGACCUUGGCUGGCUAGGUCAGCAGCCUUGUAGCAAUUGACAGGUUGGCAUCUUAUAAGGACAUUUUAUUUCUCUUAAGACCCUUGUAUGGUUUAAGUGUCAACUAAGCACUUGGAUUUACACUUUUCAGUGGAAGAUUAUUAUUUAGUUGUAUAAGAAGGGAUUUGCCUUUUUUUGAUACUUGUUCUCUCCUGUACUUAUUGCCUAUAAGCAAAAUACUUUUUGGAAAGGGGAUAAUAUCCUUUUGUUGUCACUGUCUUUGUUUUCAUCUGAUCUUCUCCUUUUCAUUCCUGAAAAUUUGACUUGACAAAGAGAAUAUAUUGAUUAAAAACACUAGCUACAGAGAUUAGAGACUAUUUAUUUGAAAGGAUUGUUAAAAUGUAAACGAGUACAUUCCAUAUUACCACUUUAAAUGUUACGUCCUCCUUAUACAGACUUUGAUUUCUUUUGUUAUUGGAAGAACUCUCUUGUAUACCUGUGUGUUAACAGUGUCUUGACAAUAAAGGCAUUCAUUGAAGUAAAA